AUGGAGAAGAGGUUGGAAGCCAAGCUCAGCAUUAGCACCCAAUUUCUGUCACAAAACUGCCUGGGAAAACCUGCAAGGGAGCUGAGACGUCUGCAGCUGUUCUACGUGUGCGCUUGCCUGUGUGCCUUGUGCUCCCCAGCAGAUGCAAACUGGAACAGAUUUAAAUGCGAGCCAGGGAAGAUCCUGUUUGGCCGUUUGAGAUCGUGGGAAGAUCACCAUUUACAGCUUCUGGAAGGGUUUCAUACUGUAUGGUCCUGUCAGACCACUUGCUGCCAGAGCCCCACCUGUGAUGCCUUUUGGUUCUUGGAAAAUAUGUGCAUCCAGGUGAACUGCACUAUGCCUGGCAUGUGUCAGGCAAACAGGACUGGCUUUUCUGAUUCUGUUUUGGUGUUUUUAAAGAAAUCAAAAAGCACAGAGCACUUCUUAAAGUUUCAAGCAGAAGAUGAUACGAAGAUCUUGUUUCACAAGUGGUUGGACUGGGGCAUCCCUGUCCAGGGGAAGAAAAUACUGCGGGUGUUCCAGAAGCGGAGCUUGGCAGGUAACAGGGUGAAACCCCUGAAAAGGGAUAUAGCAGCAAGCCCUGGCAGGGAGGCUGCAGCCAGAGCAUCAGACAGCAAAUCUAGAAGGAGCCGAAGUGAAGCAGAACGCUUGAAGGAUCAAGUACUGAGGCGCUUAGUGGCAGACAAGCCUGUUCCUGAAGGCCAUCCAAAUCAAAAGAAAGACUCACUGACAAAUGGACAGAAUCCAAGAGAGCAGAAAACCAAAAGCCUGUUCCCUCCUAAAAGCAAUAAUGUGAAUAGAUCAAGUGAUGCGGAUGGUGUUGGCUUGGUACAGAUCCACACAGGAACAUCUGCAGCAGAACCAUCAGUGUUGGCUACAUUCUCCAGUCCUGUAGCACAGGGCUUGACAGCCGCAGGGAAGACCGAGAAGCCUGGGCAGCCAGAUGAUGCUUUGGUCCCUCCUCACUCCUCAGAUGUGUUGCCCACCGUCAGCCUCGUGCCAGCAAAAAGCACAACGAAGAUGCUGACAGCUACUUCUGUGCCAAGUGGAGUUCUCACAAAUGGCAGUGUUUCUACAGUCCAGACCAACACUGCUGUGUCACCAAGUACUACGGCCACCACGCCAGUUAUGAAGGAGCUGGUAGUUUCCGCUGGAGACAGCGUCGAAGUGACCCUGCCAAAGAAUGAAGUUCAGCUGAAUGCGUUUGUGCUUCCCGAGCCACCACCUCGAACCACUUAUUCCUAUGAGUGGGAAUUGAUUACUCAUCCAAAAGAUUACAGUGGAGAAAUGGAAGGGAAGCGCUCCCAGACCCUUAAGUUAUCUAAGCUCACUGUUGGUCUGUACGAAUUCAAAGUCGUCGUUAAUGGAGAAAAUGCACGUGGAGAGGGUUACGUGAAUGUAACAGUGAACCCAAAGCCUCGUGUGAAUCAGCCUCCUGUUGCCAUCGUGUCCCCACAGUUCCAGGAGAUUUCACUGCCAACCAUUUCAACUGUUAUUGAUGGCAGCCAAAGCACUGAUGAUGAUAAAAUUGUCAGCUAUCACUGGGAAGAACUGAAGGGUCCUUUGCGGGAGGAAAAGGUUUCUAGCGAUACUGCUGUAUUGACGCUGACCAACUUGGUACCUGGGAAUUACACAUUCAGUCUAACAGUAGUGGACUCGGAUGGUGCCAGCAGCUCCACCACUGCAAGCUUGACUGUGAACAAAGCAGUGGAUUAUCCUCCAGUGGCAAAUGCAGGCCCAAAUCAAGUGAUUACCCUGCCUCAGAACUCCAUCACCCUCUACGGGAAUCAGAGCACCGAUGAUCACAGCAUUGUCAGCUAUGAGUGGCUGCUCAGCCCUAACAGCAAGGGGAAGGUGAUGGAGAUGCAGGGGGUGAGGACACCAGUUUUACAGCUCUCUGCAAUGCAAGAAGGUGAUUACACUUACCAGCUAAUAGUGACUGAUUCUGCUGGGCACCAGUCCACUGCAGAGGUCACUGUGAUAGUCCAGCCAGAGAACAAUAAGCCCCCAAAGGCAGAUGCUGGUCCAGAUAAAGAAUUAACUCUUCCUGUAGACAGCACCACUCUAGAUGGCAGCAAGAGCUCAGAUGACCAGAAGAUAGUCUCCUUUCUUUGGGAAAAAACACGGGGUCCAGAUGGUGUCAAGCUGGAGAAUGCCAACAGCAGCAUUGCCACUGUAACAGGCCUUCAAGUUGGGACCUAUGAGUUUACUCUGACAGUUAAAGAUGAGAGGAACUUGCAGAGCCAAAGCUCAGUCAACGUUAUUGUCAAGGAAGAGAUAAACAAGCCACCAGUUGCAAAGAUUGCUGGCAACGUUGUCAUCACUUUGCCCACAAAUACAGCUGAGUUGGAUGGAUCGAAGUCCUCUGAUGAUAAGGGAAUUGUGAGCUACUUGUGGACCCGGGAUGACGGGAGCCCUGCAGCUGGGGAAGUCUUAAAUAAUUCAGACCAUCAUCCUGUCCUCCUCCUGUCCAAUCUGGUAGAAGGGACCUACACGUUCCACCUCAGAGUAACAGAUGCCAAAGGAGAGAGUGAUGUGGAAAGGACCACAGUGGAAGUCAAACCUGAUCCUAGGAAAAAUAACCUUGUGGAGAUAAUUCUGGAUGUUAAUGUCAGCCAGCUGACUGAGAGGCAGAAGGGCAUGUUCAUCCGACAAAUAGGCGUUCUGCUGGGGGUCCUCGACUCGGACAUUACUGUGCAGAAGAUCCAGCCGUACACCGAACAAAGCACGAAGAUGGUGUUUUUUGUACAGAACCAACCUCCUCAUCAGAUAUUCAAAGGACGAGAGGUAGCCUGGACACUAAAAAAUGAACUACGGAAACAACAGUCAGACUUCCUCAUCUUCCGGGCGUUAGAAAUUAACACAGUCACGUGUCAGCUGAACUGCUCUGAACACGGUCGCUGUGACUCCUUCACCAAGCGCUGCGUCUGUGACCCCUUCUGGAUGGAGAACUUCAUCCGGGUGCAGAUGGGGGACGGCGAAAGCAACUGUGAGUGGAGUGUGCUGUAUGUGAUCAUUGCAUCUUUCGUCAUUGUGGUUGCCUUUGGAAUCUUAUCCUGGAUGGUGAUCUGCUGUUGCAAGAGACGAAAAGGAAAAUCCAAAAGAAAAAGCAAAUACAAGAUUUUGGAUGCAACGGAUCAAGAAAGCCUGGAGUUAAAACCAAAUCCCAAAGCAGGUGGCAGACAGAAAGCCCAGGUCCUCAACACCAGCCUGAUGCACUCGGAGUCUGAACUGGACAGCGAUGAAGCCAUCUUCACGUGGCCUGACCGUGAAAAAGGGAAACUGCUCCGUAGCCAGAAUGGCUCCUUGCGCAAUGGACAAGUGAUGCUCAAACCCAAGAACCAGAGGGAGGAAAUCCUAUAGCUGCCCUCAGGUGGCCUUUUGCUGGAGCUCAGUGGGAGAGGCCACCCCCAUCCCUAUCCUACAAGGGCCUUUGGAGGCCAGUUUGAUUAGGACAAUGCUGCUAACUUGUUUCACAGAAAAUAACUUUGUUUUUGUGGGUUUCUUUUCAUUCAGUUAAAACUGGUUGUACUUGAAUUUGAACUUCAAGGGAAAUCAAAG